ACCGCUCUGUUCCGUGUGUCUCCUCCGCCCUGUGCUGAAGUACCGCAGAGGCAGCGGCUCCGAGAGAUCAGCUUGGCUUCAGAUCGCCUGAGCGAUCGAGCUGGCUGAGCGGAGAUUUCCUCAGGACCCGAGCGAGACCGGAUUUCCAACACCCAGCCCGACUGAUGUGAGACACACAGCGGUGCAGAUAAGAUGGGGAUAUUUGGAGUGACAGUGGGAGCUUUGCAUUACCUGGGGCUCUAUGUGCAACUCUGUGCUUCUUCACAAGCUCUGUUUACUGAGGUCCCUCAUGAUGUCUCAGCCAGAGCUGGGCAGGAUGUGGAGAUGGCCUGUGCUUUUAGGGGCAGUGGUUCACCAUCCUACUCACUGGAGAUUCAGUGGUGGUAUAUCCGAAACUCCAAGGACUGGACCGACAAACAAGCAUGGAGCUCCCACCAGAUGAAGACUUCCACCCAUGAGGAGCCUCGGAAGGACGCAACAAAAAUCAGUGCUGUGAAGGUAGUUGGAAGCAAUAUCUCUCACAAACUGCGAUUGUCCACCAUAAAAACCUCAGAUGAAGGCACUUAUGAAUGCAGAGUGACUGAUUACAGUGAGGGCAAACCCAGACAUCACAAAGUGAAAGCUUAUCUGAGGGUCAAGCCUGAGCAGGAUCAUGAGAUGCUGCUACAUGAAGCUGCUGCACACAUGCAGGAUACCAAGGUGCCGGGAAGUGGUAUGAAAGCUCACACGAAUCAUAUUGCUAAAUCCUCAUCUUUUUCCAACAGCCCUAAAUCUAUCCAAAUCAUGAAUGAACAAGCUCUGGAUACUGACUGUGAACAGAAUGAUCUGUCUCUUGAUGCUGAUCGUAUCCACUGUGUUUAAUAGAAUGAGCUGUUGUGGAGAGUCAAGUGUUUGUAAAUUGUAUAGAAGGAGUGCAUGACCAGCUUCUUUGUGGGAGUAUUUUGGCAAAAGAAUAUCUCUAAAACUAUCACUUAAAGGGGGUACCCAGCUCUUUAACCAUUGUUGUUAUUUGAUAUAUUUCAUGUUUGUUGAAAGUGAAAUGUUAAUUUCAUUACAUCUUGAUUCGUGUUCCACAGCCUAUUAAAAAAUCUCUUAUUUACGUAAUAAUCCAAUAGAAGCAAGCUCACAUCUGUCUUUUACAGUACAAUUAUCAGAAAGACACAAUGACAGUCUUACAUAGAAUAGAAUACUGACAUAAAUGUAUUUAAUCUUUAAACAUAAUAAACAAUUAUCCAUCUCUCCAAACUUUAUGGAAGGAUAUUUCAUCCACACUUUCUUUUCAAAUAACAAUUGAACCCUUAGCUCAACCUAGGGUUUCAAACUCAAUCCAGUCUUUAACAAUUCCAAACAUUUACAGUUGAUGAUUACAGCACCCUAUUACUUGAAAAAAUCUCAACUUCAUCUUCAGCUAACCAUUCUAAUCCUAUCAGAAGAACUGCGAUGUUGUGACUUAAUGUUAAUUAUAUUACAGGUCCUAAGUCUCACUUUAUCAAGUAAUAUCACCACCGUUUUUAAACCUCAACUUCAUGCUAUAAAAAAUCUCUUAACUCCAUUUCUCACAACCAUCACAACCUUGUUACUCUCAAGAGUUUCUAUUCUGCCUUUCCUUUAUAUCCACCAUCACACAUAAUAAUCCAAACUAAUUACCAUAUUUUUCAAUCUCACCUAAAGACUCCAAUACCAUUUUGCUUAACAUCCUCAACCUGCUCCCACCUAACAAUCCCAAUCCUAUUUUUAUCUAACACUUAAUGUAUAUUUAAUGAUCCAUUUGCCCAUUGUUCUGUGACAUCUCAGAUGAAUCCAAAAUCAUGCAUUAUCUCAUAACAAUCCUAACCACAUACUGUGAAGAGUUCCAAUCUCCUUCUACCCAAGCAUAGGUGCCACGGUAGCUCAGUGGUUAGCAUUGCUGCCUCAGUGCCAUGGACCUUGUUUCAAUUCCAGUCUUGGGCGACUGU